CUAUUCUGAAAGAAUCUUGUUUAAAAAUUGACCAAAUUUUCCCCUAAUCUAACCUAAAAACCGCACAGAUCCAUCUUCUCUGCAUCGCCAAAGAUGCAGCAAAUGCUGCGGAAUUUUCGAUCGAAAAACAACCUUCCCCAAACAACCUAUGGCUUCGGAACAUAUGUUUACAAGCUCUCGACGCCCGCCUUUCUCCCCCUCACUCUCUCCCAUUGUAUUGCGCUUCCCGUGCGUAAGUUGGCCACGUUCAGCACCUGCUGCGCGCUGUUUUUGAACUCUACGCCGCCUACUUCGUUUCCUCUUCCAUUCCCGACCAAAACGCCCGCCACCGUUUGACAUGUUUAUUUUACGCUGACACGGUUUUGUUUUCCGAAAGUUGAAAUGGAAGUUACGCAACCGCGCGCGCCUAGUUUUCUAGGUUAGGAACCCGCAGAACUUUCGCUUUCGCGUUUGACAGUUGUGCCAUAAUGGCGGUAAACGUCAAUUCUCUUCUCGUCGGUUUUGCGUGACCCCUCGAUCGCGCAAAACCUGUUUGCCUUUUUUUUGUGUUUGCGUUUGGCGCAAAUAUUUAUGACUCAUACGCGUGGCGUCUCAAUGGGGCACUCACUCUCACACGUGUUCUCGCUCUCUCUGUCGCAGAUCUCAAUUGUGCGCAUCCCCUUCCGUCAAAUUUGCGCACUAUGUUGAGCGCGUCGCGCAGCGGCGAAUAUCGGUCAAAUGUGCUGUAUGCUUGCUGCGAUGAUGUAAUUUCGCUUGCCUACCUCUCGCGUAAAAAGUUCCCCUUCGUAACAUCAAACGGAACUACUCCGGAGCUUCCGUCCUGUGGAACCCGUUCCACCACCUUCCGGAAACCCCUGAUAGUAGGCGGAGACGCCGUCUCCGCAGCUGGCCAGUGGCCAUGGCACGCUUCGAUCUGGCAGCGCGCGUCCCGAACCACGCACGUCUACGUCUGCGGUGGAACGCUGGUCAGCGAGCUGUACGUUCUGACCGCAGGUCACUGCGUCUCCAAGGACGGCAACGCGCUCAACGAGCGGCUGCUCGCCGUCCAGCUGGGUUCCGUCCGGCAGAACCUGCUCCUGGGCGGCCUCACCGUGCAGAACUUCGCCGUGGCGGAUGUCUUCCUGCACGAGCAGUUCACCGAGCGGAGCUUCCAAGCGGACAUUGCGCUACUGGCGCUUCGAACCAAGGCGAACGUGGACGAGUUCGUCCGACCGAUUUGCUUGCCGAAGCCCACGGAAGACGCGGGUCAGCUCACGGGUCGCGAAGCGGUAACGGUUGGGUUCGGGAUGACCGAGUCGGCUACGACUUCGGAUCAGCUCCGACAGCUGCGCGUACCGAUCGUGGAUUACGUGACGUGUCUGGAGAGCAAUCGGGAAGUGUUUGGGAGGGCGCUGUCGGCGGGAAUUUUGUGUGCUGGCAGCACUGCGGGAAGUACGGUUUGCAACGGGGACAGUGGCGGGGGAUUGUUUACGGAGGAGGACGAUGGGAGCUGGACACUGCGAGGAGUUACAAGCUUUACGGUGCAGCGGGGCUGGAACGAUAGCAGCUGUAGCUUGAAGGACUACUCGGCGUUUGUUAAUGUGGCGAGGUACUUGGAAUGGAUUCGUUACGUGGUGCAGAACGGGGAGCAGGAGGGGUUCUUCCGGAAGGAUCAGGAAGGAGAAAUUGGGAGCACUACGGAAGCGAUGAAGGUUAAAGCGACUUUUCAUGAAGCUAGGAUUAGUGACAAAAAAUGUCGCGAAUAUCGAAAGCGUGGAUUAACGGUGGACGCAUCGAACGUACCUGGUCAGUUCUACCUUGAGAAAGACGGCAAACCACUGGGAUUAGUUCAUUUUAUAAGCAAUGAGUACGCGCUCACGACGGCCGAAAUGGCGCUUGAUUGUGUCAAGGAUGGUGCCGCAUGUGAAUCGUUUCGUGGAACUCGUGUCCAGGCGGUCAUCGCCCACCCUGAAUACAGUGGCGGACGAGACUUCAACGUGGCGUUGGUGCUGAUGCCGCCGGCUACCGAACCGAUCUGGUGUCUAGCGACGGAACCAUCGUCAAAAUUGUAUUUUGAAGGUCGUCAACUCAAGCUGAGUGCCGUUUCCGCGGAACGUCCAACCUGGCUCGAGUUUGACCUGGACGCGUUCAUCCCGUCGAAGCGCGGUGCCGUGGUGUACACCGACCGGCGCUAUCUGGCCGGACUGAUGCACUAUCCGCCCUACGAGGACGUCGUAAUGACCAACGUGACCGCCGUGCUCGGCUGGAUCGAGUCCGUUGUGUGGUAAUCCGUACAGACGCUCUCGUGUUAAGCUGCGCUGUUUACCAUCGACCGACAUUAAAUUGUUAAUUGCAGGCGUUUAACAACGGUCCGUCAUUAAAAUGCAGCAAAAAUAACAUUACAAAUGCAUCUGCACCGUGGAAAAACGAGACGCCUUU